AUGUCGACCGCUACCCCGACGCGCAAACCUCUUCCUGGGUACUAUCAGUUUGGGGCUGGAGCUUUUGCAGGUGUGACCGAGAUAUGUAUCUUUUAUCCGCUCGCACAAUCAUCGUGGGGAAAAGAUGUGGUCAAGACCCGUAUGCAACUCGAUACGGGCAAGUCACCAAGCAUGCUGACGAGCUUUAAGAACAUCAUUCGCCAAGAGGGAGCUGGGAGGCUGUACCGUGGACUCGUACCGCCGCUGCUGCUCGAAGCUCCAAAACGUGCUGUGAAAUUCGCGGCGAACGAUUUCUGGGGCAAGGCAUUCAUCAAGAAUUCACCCGAUGGGAAAAUGACACAGGGGUUGAGUAUCCUGACCGGAGCAGCGGCGGGAGCGACCGAAAGUUUCGUGGUUGUUCCUUUUGAACUGGUCAAGAUUCGACUACAAGACAAGACAUCAAAGUAUGCCGGACCUAUGGAUGUGAACAAUCCAUACGCUCCGGUCGAGCUUCCGAAAGCAGAGACACCGCAAGCGGCGUUAUUGAACAACUUUGUUUCGGGGGCGGCGGGCGGGUUUGUGGGUACGGCGUUGAAUACUCCGUUUGAUGUGGUCAAGUCGCGGAUCCAGGGCGCACAUCCUGUGCCGGGGGUGGUGCCCAAGUACAACUGGACGUACCCGUCGCUGGCACUAAUUCUUCGCGAAGAAGGGGCUGCGGCGUUGUACAAGGGGUUCGUGCCCAAGGUGCUAAGGUUGGCACCGGGAGGAGGAGUGCUGCUGCUCGUUGUCGAGGCGGUGCUGGGGGUUCACUCGGACCUCCGUACGUCUAAGAGCCACGAGGAGGAAGCGGAAGCGGAAAUGGAAAUGGAAGGGGGCUGA